AUGCGUACGCAUGUACCACUCGAGGUUGUGGACCUCUUGACGAUAGAGAGGCACCGCCGCCUCCAACUGGGCCAGGGAAUCCCCCAAAAAGCCCCAAACCCUCUCAUGCCACAAAGUGGCAUUUUGCCAGCAGAUGCGCCUUCGCAGGAAGGCCGCCGCGCCGAGGAUGUCGCCCCCCACGAACUGUUCCCCGGCAUCGAUGGCCCGGACAACGUCGCGCAUGUUGUUCAUCCGGUCGACGAACGAGCCGUAGCGCACGGCGAUGUCCCGCAUCAUGCUCAUCAUCGUCAGGUCCCGCAUAUCGGGCUCGAAGACGGUGUGAUCGUGGGGGUUGACGUCUCCGAGAAAGACGAUGUUGGUCAACCCGGUGAGGACACGAUCCACCGCCUCGGCCAUUCUUGCGCAGCGCGGAUUCACAGUGUGAUCGGCGCUCUCGUAUGCGAGGCCGCCCUCCAGACCCGAGAUCAACUCCUGUGCGUUCUCGCGGAAAGCUUGAACGAGGGCUAUGAACUCGUAGUAGUCUGGAGAGCGGGUCCAGACGAUGGCGUUGCCAAAUCGAAUGGCCAUUCGAAUGGCAGGGCGCUGUGA